CAGCUGGACACUGUCCCCAGGGACCCGACUGAGUCUGUCCUUGGGGACCCUAUGGGCCCCACGCUGGAGGAUCAGGGGGACCCGACUGAUUCUGUUUGUGGGGACCUGAUGAUCUCCUCCUUGGAGGCCCAGCUGGAGUCCCUCCCUGGGGAGCACAUGGGCUCCUCCCUGCAGGCCCAGCCGGAGUCUAUCCACGGGGACCCAACUGAUUCUGUCCUUGGAGACCCUAUGGGCACAAGGUCGGAGGACCAGGGGGACCCGACUGAUUCUGUGUUGGGGGACGCGAUGGGCUCCAUGCUGAUGCCAGAGGACCAGCUGGACACUGUCCCCGGGGACCCGAUGGGGACCACGCCGGAGGGCAAGGGGGACCCGACUGAUUCUGUUUUGGGGGACCCGACGGGCUCCACGCGGACACCGGAAGACCAGCUGCACACUGUCCCCGGGGACCCGACUGAGUCUGUCCUUGGGGACCUGAUGUGCACCACGCCGGAGGACCAGGGGGACACGACUGAUUCUGUUUUGGAGGACCCGACGGGCUCCACGCCGACGCCGGAGGACCAGCUAGACACUGUCCCCGGGGACCCGACUGAGUCUGUCCUUGGGGACCAAAUGGGCCCCACGCCGGAGGAACAGGGGGACCAGCUGGACUUGGUCCCUGGGGACCCUAAGAUCUUAGACUUCGGGGAUCUGAAAAAAGUGAUCGAAGACCUGAUCACAUCCCUUCACAACGGGGACCGCGACCAUCUCAUAGCCUUCCUGAGUACCUACCCUGCUCAUACCACCAUCGAGCAGGUGCUGGAUGUCAUCUUCAGGCGGUAUGCACACUUCCGCCCCGGCUGCCAGGAGGAUGAGGGGAUCAAGAACGCCAUCUGCACCCUCCUGGACACGUGGACGAGCAUCUUUCCCGGGGACUUCUCCACAAGAUCAGGCUUGUGCGCCCUCAGUAAGAUGAAGGCGUACCUGAUCAUUCAUUGUCCGUACUCGGACGUCCUCAUACGUGUGCACGAGCUCCUUACGAGCCUGCUCUCAGAAACAUCGGAGGAGAGCGAUUAACAACAAGCCAGGGUGACACAUCUGGAGACCAUAAGAAAACUCUGCUGCUGCUCUGUGGAGGAGAGGACGACUGAGGGAGCCAGGAGCACAUGGUGCCGCAGCCUCCAUCAGCAUCCCUCAGCGUGUUGCCUUCCUGUGCCUGACCACCUGCCUUACUCGUGCUAGUAUGCUAAUCACCAGAUGUGUCACAGAUGACAAUAGAUGACAAUCCUCCUGAUCUCCCUGUUGACAUCAGUGCUGGCCUUAACUCCUGCGUGUGUCUAAGUCUGAGUUAUUAAUAUUGUCUGUAGCGGGGUCAGAUUGCUUUUUAUAAUCUUUUUAAAGCUUCUUUUAUAUUAAGUUAAUAACUGUAUGACCUUGAUCGGAACCUUAGCCGUGAAAUUGUGAACUCCUGGAAAUGCUGCCAAUCAGGCUCAGUGAUUUAUCAGACCUACAACAUUAUGACGGUCAUAUCAGGAAGAUUAAUGACAAACAUUCCCUUCCCUCGGAAUCCUGUGUGCAUCGACAAAGCUUAUCUAGCGUUGAUGCUCUUUUGAAACCUGGCAUUUGACAGUGGUAUUAGUAAAAGCUAAAAUUAUAGUACAUCUUGGAGGACUGAAAAUGCAGCCCUGCAAACCAAAUUUCCUAAUGUAGCAAGAUGAAGGAUGGUGAAGGAAUGGGGGGUUAGGGAGGUGUCUUGGCUGGGCGUGGGGUGGACUGGCAUGCAGGUACAUUUGUACACACGUGUGUGGAAUGGUGUGCGUGCGUGCACAUGUGCAUGUGCCUCUGUGUGUGUGGGUGUGUAUGUGUGUAUGUGUGUGUGCAUGCAUACACAUGUGGGGUGUGGGUAUGUGUGUGCAUGCGUAUAUGCCUGAGUGUGUGUGUGUGUGUGUGUGUGUGUGUGUGUGAGUUUCCUGGCGAUGAAGAGGGAAGAGGUUUAUCUCCUCAUCAGCUCACAAUCCUGUGUGUUUCUUACUAGCAGAAAAAGUACUUUUUGCACAAUCUAAAAUUUCAGAGUGCCAGCUUUCACUUUUGCUCUUUGCCCUCUCCCCUUUGAAGUAAUAGCACAGACAGUAUUUUUAGAAGCAUUUCUUCAGCUUUCCUACUAUUUGCCUGUCAGUUUCCUGCAUCCAGGGUGCUUUUCCAUGGAGUUAUUUGCUAUUUGUACUUACGCUACGUAUUCAGGGUUAUCUUUUUUCUUCUAAGUAAAAUACUAAUCUCCCUUCAAAAAAUUUAAAUAACAGCAAUCUUUUCAAAGCCUUCAGUGCUCUACAAAAUCACUAAGCAAACUGUGAAAAUUGUGUGUGAGAUCAUGUAAAGUUGGGUUUCCCCUCCCAAGCUCCACAGGUGCAGAGCCACGUUCCACAUUACAUACAUCAGCUGGGCAACAAAGGCUGACCUACCCACGAGCCCCGAGCUGGGUGUGGUGGCUCACACCUGUAACUCAACACAGAAAGUUGAGACAAAAGCUGGGAGUCCCAGGCCAGCCUGGGCUACAGUGUGAACUCUAUCAGAAAAAGAAAAAUAACUCUUUUGGCUUUAAAUAAAGAUGGAAACACUUUA